AUGUCUUCUCAUAAGACUUUGGCCAAGAAACAAAAGCAAAAUUGUCCUAUUCCUCAGUGGAUUUGGAUGAAAACUGGUAACAAAAUCAAGUACAACUCUAAGAGAAGACACUGGAAGAGAACGAAGCUGGGUCUGUAAGGAUUCACAGUGGCAAGACUGAGGGUUUAUACUGAACUGUGGUCAUCAAUCAUUCCUACCAGAUGGAUUUCUACAUUUUUUAACCUG